GUCCUUUCCUCGGUAUCCAGCGUCCCUGGAAGCCAACCCUCUCUGAAUAACGACCCCGAGAGAGAGAGAGAGAGAGAGAGAGAGAGAGCAAUGGCGGAUGGGGGAGGAGAGGUAAGGGUGCAGAACGUGUGGGUGAUGCGGCACGGGGACCGGAUCGACGACCAGGAGCCGCUGUGGGUGGCACACGCCAAGCGGCCAUGGGACCCACCGCUCGCCGAGGGGGGCCUGAUCCGGGCGUGGACCGCCGGGAAGCGGCUGCGCGGCGCCGGCGUCCCCAUCCACCGCGUCGUCGUGUCUCCCUUCCUCCGGUGCCUGCAGACCGCCGCCGAGGUCAUCCGCGCCCUCUGUUGCGUCGUCGACGACGAUAGUCGCCUCCUCGCCAUGGAGACCAGCCAGGACGCCAUCCUCGAUCCCGCUCGUGUUAAGGUCUCGAUUGAGUACGGAUUAUCUGAGAUGCUAAACUCAGAAGCAAUAGGUAGUACAGUGGCUCCAAAAGAUAAAAACUGGUUUCCUCAUAUCUCUGAUCUUGGAGCUUUGUUGCCAUCUGGAACGUUGGAUCAGUUUGCAGAGAGUGUUUAUAAAGAGUUGCCUCAUUGGGAGGAAUCUGCGCUUGAAGCAAGAAAAAGAUAUGUGAGUGUUAUUGGUGCUCUUGCUGAAAAAUAUCCCAAUGAAAACUUGCUGCUAGUCUCACAUGGUGAGGCUAUUGGUGUUUCUAUCACUUCAGCUCUGGAGGAUUCUAUGGUUUUUGAUGUAGAAUACUGUGCAAGCUGUCACUUGCAAAGAAAAAUAUUAUCAAACCCUUCACAGUCCUUCAAUUCUGAAGAUUUUAAGGUCAUCACAGAGAGUGGCCAAACAGGUAUAGCUUAUGGUCGUACCUCCUGAUUUUUCGUGAUAUGAAACUGAAGCAUAUGACAAGCUUCUAUCAGGUUUUGAUCUCAUUUCAAAUAGUUCUGGUUUUCUGAAGACCUUUUUAGCACCAAAACAUAUUUGUUAUUGUUGCUGCUGUUAAACACAUGAAACGCUUUAUUUUUGUGUC